CGGGAAUUUUGAAUCCGAAUUUAGAACUAGGAAAAAGGACAAAAUAAAUAUAGAAAAAUACACUUGAUCCAGCCAUGGAGUCCAGCAAACAGUUACUGAUGUCCUUGGAAAAGGCUAUGGACAGGCUGAACAAGAUUUGGGACCGAAUUGGAAUAGGAAGGGCAGCAAAGGAAGAAAGAAGCUCAACAGUUCUCAGGCAUUUACAGGGAUUACUUGAUGAUAUGGUUGAAGAAGAGGAGACACUAGAGAAACAGAUUGAGCAGAGAGUAGAGGAUCUUACCGUGGAACUGAAACAGCUUAUACAAGACCUCAAUUUACAAGAAUUCAAGAAAACACCAGGACUAGCAGUCCUACAAGUGGAGAAGGAGUUAAGGACAAAAGUGGAGACGCUGCGCAAGGAGAAGAAGGAACGUAUGAAGAUACUUGCCAAGUUGAAGCAGGAAGACCAGUUACUAUGUGACGCCAUGUGUAUGACACCGUAUUAUAUCCCGUCAGGUACCACCCCUUCUGGCGAACAGCUUGAGCAGCUGAAACAACACGUGGAAAAACUUGCAGUGGAAAAGACCCAGCGUUACGAGACAUUUAUCAAACAGAAGAAAGAAAUCACAGACCUGAUGUUACAGAUGGACAGAUCACCAGAGUCCGGCUUUGAGAAAGAGGUUGUAAACGAAGAAGAAGCAUCAUUCACCUUGUCCAAGGACAACAUGCAUGCCCUUGAUGCUCUUGUUGCAGAGCUUUUAUCCAGUAAGACCAAAUUGGAAAUGACAGUUGCUAAACUGUGGGAUAAGUUACACACACUGUGGGAAAGGUUAGAAGUUGCUAAACACGAGCAGGAGUUAUUUGAGGACGGUAAAGAAGGCAUAAAACCAGCAGUUAUUGAAGCACUUAACAGUGAAAUACAGAGAUGUGAGGCCCAGAAGUUAGCACAUAUUCAGAAGUUUAUAGAUGGUAUGAGACAGGAAUUAGAACUCUGGUGGAACAAAUGUUACUUCAGUGCUAAACAAAGGAGUGAAUUUAAAUUCUUUACUGAAACAAAUUACACGGAAGAAUUAUUAGAAUUGCAUGAAAAGGAAGUAAUGAGGCUUAAAGAACACUACGAAACCCAUAAGCAGAUCUUAGAACUGGUUGGGAAACGUGAAAUUCUCUUCAACAAAAUGAUUGAAUUUGAGAAAAGAGCAAAUGAUCCAAAUCGCUUCUUUUCCGAUAGAGGCGGAAAAUUGCUACUGGAAGAAAAAGAGCGUAAGGCCCUAAUGAAACAAUUACCAAAGGUUGAGCAGGCUGUGAAAGAUGAUAUUUUACUUUGGGAAAAGGAACAUGGAAGAUCAUUCUUAGUAAAUGGAAUGUCCUUUAUAAGAUAUAUUGAGAAAACAUGGACAGACUACGAGGAGGCAAAAGUUAGAGAAAAAGAAGAAAGGCAAAAAGCCAGAACGAAGCUGAUGAAUGAAGAGAUGAUUUUUGGCAGUAAGCCAAGUACGCCAGUGAAACGAAGGUUCCAGACAACAAAUACACCGACAAAAACACCAAAAUAUAGAAAGAUUGACAGUACAUGUAGCAGUGGUAGUUCUACAGUACAUGUAAAUAUACGGAUUAAUGAUUCCAAGACACCUGCAUCGUCCACAAGCAGAAUGCAGCAUACUACAGUUUACCACUCUCCGUACAGAAAGGCCCCAGUGUCGGCAGUUCCGCAAGCUAGUAAAGUCAUGUCCGCUUCUAGCAAAACAGCCCCUGGAUCUCGUAACAGAAGGCGAUCAAACAGACUUGCUCGUAAAGUUUUAGCAGAGAAGAAGGAGGGUACGAACGAGACGGUGUUCAGUCAUACAACAGUUAGCAGCAAUACAAACACAGGGUUUGGUGGGAAUAUAUCUCUGGCCUCAACCGGAUCUUACCACGAUUUCGCUAGCACCCUGUCAGUAAAUCAUCACUCAACACAGUUAUUCAGCCCGUCACCCAAGCCUAAAGGCCUCCAUUCACUUUGAUAUGUGGGAUUGAACCCCUCAGCCCGUCCGUUUUGCCGCAGCUCUAUCGCUCCCCCACACACCAGCCCAAACAAAAAUAUGGACCAUCAUAGACUAUAGAUAAAAACGCCUAAUGAAUAGACUAUCUCAUCAUAGAGGACACAAAACUCUGAAAUAUGCAACAGUUUCGGCCCGCGGAAGGAAGAUCUGCAGGGUAAAGUUUGAUAAGGGUACAUAAUGAAUGCCUCAUAGCGGAUGACACAAAUACCCUACAAAUUCAUACAGCAGUCUGUAGAAUUUUGAUUUGCAAACUGAAUGAAGGCAGAGUGUUAUGUGACCUACAUGCUUCCACUAUAUUAGCUGCUUCUGUUGCGAGACAAUGUAAGAAAAACAAUGCUGUGCAAAAAAAUGUGCUUUAUUUACAGGAAUUGCUACAGACAGCUGCAGUAAAAAUAAAGGAAGACAAUGUUCUAGGAGAAACAGAUACUUGUGUUAUAUUUGCUGCUACAGUCUGGAUGUUUUCAUAACCAAGAAGUUCAAAUAGUUACACAACUGGCAGAUAUGCUUUCACUGUGGUUCAGGACCUCAAAGAUGCGGAGAAGAAAUUGAUGCACAUUUGUUUCAGUUUUUGAGAAAACAAAAUACCAAAUGAACCGCACCAUGAGAAAACCAACAUAGUGCGUUUGCAACCAGCAUGGAUCCAGACCAGCCUGCACAUCCAUGCAGUCUCGUCAUGAUCCAUGCUGUUCGCUAACGGUUUCUCUAAUUGCAUGGAUCCUGACCAGACUGCGCGGAUGCACAUUCUGGUCUGGAUCCAUGUUGGUCGCAAACGCACUAUGUUGGUUUUCUCAUGGUGCAGCUCAAAUAUUAACUGACUUGUAAGCAGAAAUUCUGUCAGUUUCAUCUGUUGUGAUGUUUUGAUUAGGACCAAAAUGUAAAUAUGCUACUAGUAUAUUGUUACACUGGGUAGUUAAAACUUAUACAUGCUAGAUCUCAAUUACAUGUUGAGGGAUGAGUGAGAAAUAGGUCUAAAUGCAUGUAAAUAAAGAAGCACUCAAACCUCAUGGGCAUUCACCCUGUCAGUGUGUUUACACUGGAAUUGAAGAGGACAAUUUUCUCAAAGAUGGACCAUUUUAAAAAGUAGAGAAUAGAUCACAGAUCAUGCUUUGGAAGAUUGGUCUGCGUCAUAGUUGUAUUAGAGGCUUUGUAUAAAUUAUAAUGUACAUUUGUAUAUGUAAACAUAGCUUUCAAAACUAUUUAUUGUUUUAUUAUGUAAUAGAAAAUUUAUCAGUGACAGUUCAGAGCUUGGCAUUUGUUUUUAAGUGUUUUUUUUUUUUUUUUUUUUUUUUAGCUCACCCGAGCCUAAUGCUCAUGGUGAGCUUUUGUGACCGCUCAGUGUCUGUCGUGUGUCCGUCAAAAUUUUCUUUAAAGAUCUUGAAAUCCACUGGACAGAAUUACAUCAAACUUCACAGGAAUGAUCUUUGGGUGGCCCCUUUUCAAAAUUGUUCAAAGAAUUGAAUUCUAUGCAGAACUCUUGUUGCCAUGGUAACCGAAAGGAAAAACUGUAAAAUCUUCUUGACCAAAACUACAGGGCCUAGGGCUUUGAUAUCUGGUAUGUAGCAUCAUCUAGUGGUCCUCUACCAAGGUUGUUCAAAUUAUCCCCCUAGGGUCAAAUAUGGCCCAGCCCCGGGGGUCAUGGUUUAUAUAGACUUAUAUGGGGAAAACUUUGAAAAUCUUGUCUGAAACCACAAGACCUAGGCCUUUGGUAUUUGGUUUGUAGCACUGUCUUAUGGUCUUCUACCAAAAUUGUUAAAAUUAUACCCCAGGGGUGAAAAGAGGUCCUGCCCUUGGGUCCUAAGUUUUACAUAAACUGAUACAGGAAAAAACUUCAAAAAUCUUCUUGUCUGAAACCACAAAAGCUAGGCGUUUGAUAUUUAGUAUGUAGCAUUGCCUUGUGGUCCUCUACCAAGAUUUUUCAAAUUAUUACCCUGGGAUGAAAAGAGGCCCCGCCCUGGGGUCACUUAGUUAAUAUUUGAGUUACGAGUAUAUAGGAAAAUAUUUAAAAAUCUUCUGGUCUGAAACUGAAAGGCCUAGGCUUUUGAUAUUUGGUAUGUUGCAUUGCCUAGUUGUCCUCUACCAAUAUUAUUCAUAUUAUUACCCCCGAGAUGAAAAGAGGCCCCAUUAAAGGGGUCCCAAGUUUUACACAGACAUAUAGGAAAAACUUUAAAAAUCUUCUUGCCUGAAACUGCAAGGCCUGUGCUUUUGAUAUUUGGUAUUAUGCAUUGCCUAGUAGUCCUCUACUAAUAUUGUUCAAAUCAUGCCCCUGGAGUGAAAAGAGGCCCCGCCCUCAUUAUAUGAGUUAUAUAGGAAAAAAAUACUUAAAAAUUAUCUGAUCCUAUUUCCUAGUCUGUUUAAUUAUAAUUACCUGAUAACCCCAAGUAAUAUGAUGUCCCUUGACCUGCUGACCUACUUUCUUGUUUUUGAAGAUGAAGCCUUGAAAUUUGGAUGACUUGCACAGUUUUGCACACCGAUCUUAAAACUGACUUUCAUUGACCAUGAAUAUGACCUACUGACUUUCUCAGUAUUUUAGCAUCAGUUUGACAUUUGAAACAUGUAGCUCAUAUUACUCAGGUGAGUGAUCCAGGGUCACCCUCUUACUUUUAAUUUGUUCAAGACGUUUUUUUAUGCAUGAAUAUUUCCAAAUGUUAUAGCCAUAAUUGUUUACAGGUUCUUGGUAGGAUAAUUUAGCUAUGAAAACAUUCCUUAUCAAGCUGAAAAUGUAACUGGAAAUGAGCAUUUCUGAACAGACAAGUUUUUUUAUAAAAGUAACAGAAAUGCCAGGGUCAGUUUUCUGACUUUCGAGUUAUUGACUGUGGCAUGUGAAAUAUGAUGAUGAAGGUAACCUGAUCAGCCAAAUGUUUUAUAACAAAAAUGGGUAGAUUUAUAACUUUCUGGGCUUGUUUUCAUCAACGUUAAGUCCAAAAAAAUCUGAUACAGACUUGUUUAUUUGUUUAAAGCUGAAAACAGUAUAAUGUGAAAUUCUUCUGAAAAAUAGCAAAUUGUUAAUUGUUUGAGUGUGUAGAAGUUAUUCUAAAAAUUUGGACAUAAUAUAUUUGCUUUAUUUUUGUAAUUAUCCAGGAAUUUUUUUAAAGCCAUUAUUAGCAGAGUGCAAUUUUUUAGUGUAGAUAGUUGUUUUUUAAUGUUCCUAAAAUCACAUAUAAUAUUUGUUUUAUGGUGCUGACUUGUGGCUUCCUUAUUGUUGCCAUGCCCCAAUCCCUCUUCCCCACCCUACCAUAUAGCAAGUGAAUGGAAAAUGAAUAUUUGCUACAUAUAUGUACGUAAAUUAUGUUAUUUUGUCAGGUUAAAUUUGUAUUUUAAAACCACCAUGUGAAAAUUUAGUAAAUCACUGCUUGAAUGAAAUAAUCUGUUGUUUGUAUAUACAGUUGCUUGUACACAUACUUGUAUAUACUUUGUAUUAUUAUUGUACCAGCAUUUUACUAGUCAGAAAAUGAGUUACCUCAUUUAUGAAGCUGUUUUUGAAUAUAAUCAUUGAAAUUAUUUUGGUCUGUUGCUGGUCAUGGGUAGAACUUUGAAAACCUCACAGAUUUCCUGGUUGUGAAGUAACUUAUGCAAAACAUGAAUUAAACCUGAAACAUUGGUAAGCUUAUUUAUAAUAUUGUUCAUAGAUUCUUUUUUGUAUGAGCAGCCAUAUAUUCACAGAGCUUUUAAACAUAGUUGCACUUAUAAUAUAUUUAAGGAAAUUGAUUUUUUUUAUAAAGCUUCUCUGUUUUACAUAAAAAUGACUUUGUUCUGUAAGUAUUUGUCCAUUUUAAUUCUUAUGACAAAAAAAACUGGUACAUAAGUUCACAUCACCUUGAACUUGGUGUAAUGGAGAUUUACACUCAUUAUUAUUUCAUGAGCAAAGAAUUUGAUGUUUUAAUGCAAAUGUUGACCCCAUCAAUUAAUUUCCGUAAAUCAUAUAAUCAUUAUUGCAUGGUAGAAUGAUUUGAAGAAUUUUUAUUUAAGAACUGUAAAAAAUGCAUUUUGUCCCAGCCUUUCUUGUCUUAAGUGUGACCUUGCUACUUUUAAAAUUCCUGUCCAAUCUUCUAGAAAUUUAAUAUAAAAAGCAACUACACCCUUUGGCUUGUAAAUAUUGCAGUUGUUUCUGUACAUGUUACUUGUUCUGUGCAUUCUUCCUUAUUCUUUCUAUUUCAUCCUCUUUUCUAGCAGAUUCUCAUGAAUUGCAAGUUCUUAUACAUGUAUGCGGAGUAGUAUUUAAAUUUUGAAGGAAAAUUUCAUAGAUUACAUAAUUGAAUAGUUACCAGAUUUAUUUGAAGUUCAUUUUAUUUGCGUUAGAACUAGUUUUAUUGUGUAACAACUCGCUUUUUUAAAUUGGUGGUGUUAAUGUGAAUUAGAAGGAUCUUGUGUGGUAAAAAUGUAUUGUUGUGAGAACUCUGGUUAGAGGAAAAUUUCAUAAAGUAGGGUGAUCAGGAAUAAGGUACUGAAUUACCACUUUAAUACAAGAUAUUAGUAGACUUGACAUGAAAUGCAACUUUGCUGUUGGAUAACUGAAAAAUCAUUCUUGGGAACAACUAGUCAUAUGCUCGAGUUUUUGGGCUGGUUUCUGUACUAAGUUUUUUUACCUUGAUCCAUAACUGUUUAGAUCGAGAGUGAAAUUCUGUAGCACAUGUGCAAAUUUGACUAUAUUUUAGUUUUAAGCAAAUCAUGUUCAUUACCUAUGAUUGUAGCUAGGGCUGGGACGAUUUCAAAAUUUUGAAACCGGUAAUCUUUUGUAUGAAAUCGAAUCGAACCGGUUAAUCGGCCGCCAUAUUGAAAAUGCUGUUUUCAAUCCUGACGACGGUAUCAAGGUACUUCCAACAGCUGAUUACAUUUGGAGCUUAAAAACUUUAUCCUUUUCACACAAUGUGACAAUUAAUAAGUCAUAUUUUGGUGUAUUUUAUUUUACACAUAUCAUGACAGGCAAAUCCGCGACUGUUGACUAUGUUCAAUGUGUUUUAGCGGACAUAUACCACGGGGCUAUGUGCUAGUCAAAGAAAUGUAUAAAGAUGAAGUACAAAUUGUGAUGUUUAUUGAUUGAGAGCGAUUAGCGGUUUUGCAAAAUUGAAACCGGUUUCACCUAGUAAUCAAAAUGGAUCCGAUUAACCGAGUAAUCGUCCCAGUCCUAAUUGUAGCUUCAUUCGACAGUCAGUGUUGUACUUUUCAGUAUUACUGCAAAACAGAUACAAACAAUAGCUAAAUCAUAGACCUGUUUUGUUUGAUAUAAUUAAAAUUUUCAUGCAUUUAUGGGCUGCAUAAGUUUCUCAGAGUAUUAAAACAAGGUUUUAUUUAGUUAAAAUUUAAAUAAAAAAGAUCUUUAUUGUUAUAUGUUUGGUACUGUUUGAUGAUAUGUAGCAAGAAGGGUAUAAGGUUUUAAAAGAGACUAGACUAAGGAUGUAUUGCAUCGAUUGGUCAGUUUGAAUUUGGAGCCCAGAUUCAACUAAUCAAAGUCUCUAGAUUUCCAAACAUAAUUUUAUAGCCUAGCCUUGUCAUUAAACCAAAGCUGUGACAAGAAUUUAACUAUUAAAAGUACUUCUGGUUUAUUAUUGAUAGGUUACUGUGAAAGUAUUUGCAUCAACUUAAAAGUUUUUUCUGCUUUAGUCCAUAGUAAUAUUUUACUUGCUUCAAUGGUUAUGUCCCCUGGUUAAUUACCAUUGCAGAACUGAGGUACUUUAUCAAAGCAGCUUUAAACUGAUAUUUUAGAAAAUGUAAUAAUAAAAUUUUGAAACAUUUCAUUGCUGUUUAACUAUAACUGGAUUGUAAAGCUUACUUCAGUGAAUAACCUUGUAUUUUUGAUCAUUUUAACAAGAUCUAUGCCAAACAGGUAAUUUAUGUUUGAUUCUGUUUUAUAAAGUUAUCUUGUACAAGAAGGUUGAACAUCUUAACCAGAAGAUUUAACAUUUUGAGUUGCCUCAGGUCUCCCCCCCCCCCCCCCCCCCAAUAUGAAAUGGUAUUUUUAUUAUUAAAAUUUUCAAAAAAGAUAAUGUUAAGAAUUUGACCUAUUAUUGGCUUUAUAGGUCAUUUAAAAAGCACUUACAUUAAAAGUUUGUAAUAAUGUACUUUUAUAUUUAUUAUAAGGAGAAAGCAUGGCCACAGAUCUGUACAGUUAAAAAAAUACUUGAAGAUUUGUGUAUUAAUUAAUGAAGACCUUCACAUGGUUUAUUGUCAGAUUUGCCACAAUUCUAAGUUUAGACGCGCAAGAAUUGAACAAUUAGGGCCGAAGCUCCAGACUGUGAUAAAUUUGUCAUUCUUGUUUACUGCUCAUUGAAACAUUUUAAUUAAAUGAGCUGCGUCAUGGGAAAACCAACAUAGUGGCUUUGCGACCAGCAUGGAUCCAGACCAGCCUGCGCAUCCGCGCAGUCUGGUCAGGAUCCAUGCUGUUCGCUAACAGUUUCUCUAAUUGCAAUAGGCUUAGAAAGCGAACAGCAUGGAUCCUGACCAGACUGCGCGGAUGCGCAGGCUGGUCUGGAUCCAUGCUGGUCGCAAAGCCACUAUGUUGGUUUUCUCAUGGCACGGCUCAUAUGUUGAACUUCAUUUAUCCUGGUAGUAUGAAUGUACGUCUUGUGGCAAUUUGACAUCAAAAUGGUCUCUCACUUGUCAGCGUGUCAACUGUUGUUUAUGAAAGAAUAUACAUGUCCUGACUUCCUUCUUUGUUCAACUGACAGACAGAUCAAGCCCUUCCUUCUUUGUUCAACUGACAGACAAAUCAAGCCAUGUUAAAAUGAGCAUUCUGAUAUGCUUAUUUCUGUGAAACACACUUGAGCUAAAAUGACGUCACUGUUUUAGUUGCGGCCAAGAAAGAGCACUACUAUAUUUUAUCCUCUGUUUUAGAUAAGGGCAUAUCAGAAUUGAAAAAAUGUAGAGCAAAAUCAUGUUUUAUUUAAAUUGAUACACUGGAAAUUGGUUAUAUGUCAGCAGAAUUAUUCACUCGGGCUAUGCCCUCAUGAAAUUAUUCCACAGACAUACCUUUUUUGUGUAUUGAUGAAUUAAAGCAUGAUUUUUCUAUACAUUAUUUCUUAAUUAAAAAAAUACCCAUAGAAAAUAAACAUGUGUGUACAUUUGGUAAAUAUAGCAUUGUAUUUAUCGUACAUGUACUGUUUAUGUUGAAAUGUGCUUGCCAGUAAUGUAUUUGACAUGUAUAAAUUUUAAACAUUAAGCUUCCUGGGAAAUACAAUUAUUUAAUAUAAACACCUUUUAAUCUUCCAUAUUUAACAUUUUGAGAACAGUAAACUUAUUUUACAGGUUG